AUGAAAUUGAGAAAAGUUUUGAAGUUAAACAGCAAUUUUACUAUAACUUUAAACAAUAUUAAAUCACCGAUCUGUAAUUUAUCACAAUUAUUACAGCUUGUUAUCGAUGAAUUUAGAAGUCAUUUCUGUUAUUUUAAUAAGUCGUGUAACGAUUCACAAUGUCAAAAAUUUGCAGUUAGAAAUCCGAAAGUAGACACAAUGAACAUUAAAAAAAUUGGCAAAUAUUUCGACAUUGUAAAGUUUCUGAAGAAUAUGAAAUUGCAACACUUCGACCUACCAGUGACCAAAGUCGACGCUAAUGUCUGUAAAGCCCUACGUGAGAACACCCAAGAUAUGAAAUCGCUGCGUAUCCAUAAAGCAAGUUUUGAGAAUUUUCAAGAAAAAUUUUCCGAUGUCAAAUGCUUUCAGACGUCAUGA